UUAAUGUUUUUGUUUUUUUCUCAUUUUCGUGUACGCAAAAAAUUCCGAAAAUUUAUAAAAGUUUAGAAAAGUUUGGAGUGAAGCCAUUCGAAAAUUCUCAACACAGUUUUCAGCCAAAUGUGCCCACAAACUAUGCUAUGACAGAAUCAACAGAAAAACUUUUUGAAGAGAAGGAUUUGUCAAAAAAUAUUUCACAUUUAGUGCAACAAACAAAAAUUGAGAAUGCCUCUGAUGCUCUAACUGUUUUAUUGCAUGGAUUUAUGAUUGAAACCGGCUAUAUUCCUUCCGACAUAGAUGAAAGUGAGAAGUACGACCACAUGCCAAAACAAUGGAUGAAGAAUGGUGUUUACAAAAUUCGAUAUUUUUAUAAGAAUUUUCCUCAACUGUAUUGCUGGAUGACUUGUAUUCCUAUGUACAACAACUUGUCCAUUUUCAGUGCAAUAGAUAGUCCUCAAUGUGAAGCUGACACACAAAUAACUUUAAACAUUGAUAGAUAUGUAAAGUACAGCCAAGAAUUUUCAAGUCCUUCUACAUCUUUUUCCAAUUUGAAUAAUCUCUCCAGACAUUUCAAAGAUGAAUUUUGUUUUCCUCUUUUAAAGUUAUUGCAUGAAACUUUAGGUAUUUCAAUAUCUUUUGGUUUCGAUGGACUUUUGGAAGACUUAAAAUUGCAUAUAUUGGAAUUACUUCCUGUUGAAAGCAUUGUUUCAUGCUCAGCUGUUAAUAAGAAGUUUAAUGAGCUUGCAAAUUCACCUUAUUUGUGGAAAAACUUGUAUUUAAGGGAUUUUGAAUUAAAUGGUAUUCCUGAUAUACCUUCAACAUCACAAGAUGGAAAUGAGUGGAAAAAAGCUUAUAAAAGACAAUAUUUGAGAAGAAAAAAGCUUUCAGAACCUCAUUUUCCUGUUGUUUAUCCAUAUCCAAUGCACAUAUAUCCUAUUGCCCCAGAUCUGCGAAUUGAUCCUCAGAUAGAUUUUGAUUUCCCAAUUUAUGAUGCAUUUCCUCACCUACGACGACAAUUACAGCCACCAUUUUUCCAUCCCGGUUUCCCGAGCACUCGACAUUUAUUUAGAAGAUACUGGUGAACAUUCUAACUCAGGGUGCUAUGAAUUGUGAUAAAAAUUCAUCAACUUAAUUGCAUUGAAAUGAUUAUUUUCUUGUACAAAUCCAUGUCUUGUUAGCAUUCAUGUUAGAAGUAUUAAAUGGUUUUAAAUAUUUGAAUCAAAUUACCUCUGAAUUUUAUUAUACAUUUUGCACAUUUAACAAUCUUAAAUAUGUCUUAAAAGUGUAACCAUCAUAGCAAUCUAUCGUUAUAAAAUGCUUGACUGCAAGCAGCAAAAAAAGCAUCACUACUCAUCUGAAAGCAUCACUAAGACUAGAAAAACUGAAAAUAUCUGUAUACCUAGAGAGGCUUUCAGUGAAAUAUUUUAAAUUUCUUCUAGAGUAUGCCAUCUAGAGCCUCUACAUUAGGGUGGAGUGAAAAAAAUAAAUUUUCGAAAUUUGAAACGCCUGGGGUCUCUAAAAUUGCCUUUUAGCAUUAAUAGAUCACCCCUAAAAUUUUAGCUUCCUAGGUUAAUAUCUUUAUGUUCAAAAAUUACCACAAAAAUACAAAAAAAAAAAAAAAA